AUUUAUAACGGCAGCGGUUACAUGCACCACCUGUCGUUGUAAUCACGGCAUCUCAUGCGCGAUGCUGCCGCUGGUCAUCUUCUUUCUAUACUGCAGCAUGCAAGGCGGACACACGACCCAUGUGUCCAUUAUCACGGUGAUAAUCGGGCAGAAUCCCAUGUACGGGAUCUACUCCACCGGUCCGGCAUACGAUAUCGCCUUCGAGGAGAUGAAGCGCAAGUACGCGUACAUGGUGCCCAGUCUGUCCUUCCACCGCAUUUAUAAACCGCGCCCGGUGAACGCCACCGGCUGUGUGGAUACCGGCGAUCUUAUGCCGGAAGUGGCCGGUGAGAUUGUGGAGAUACUUAAUCGCCAGAAGGGUUUCGCCAUGAUUUUCUCACCAGGUUGCAGUCUGGAGCAAAUUACCCUUGGAGAUUUUGCAAGAGAACUCGACGUGCCGCUUUUAACAAGUACUUCGGCGGAUAACGCGCUGACGAAUCGGAAACGCUAUCCCACACUGAUCGUUUUCAGUCCGGUCGGGCAAGGCUUGACGUCGCGAGCGUUGCGGGAGUUCCUGUUAAAGUUCAACUGGCGCAUCAUCACCGUGUACUGCGAUGCCCUUACCCUGCUGCCCAGCAUUGCCACCAUGUUCACCAUUGCGUGCCGGGGAUUCAAAUCGGUACUGACCCAGGUCGCCGGGGAAUUCGAAUAUGAUUACCAGGAUUUUGAUUCGCGAUACGCCGUCGAUUACGAAAAAAUGCUCCUACGGGCCAAGGCGCAGAGCCGCGUUAUUCUCAUUGCGACCAACGGCGACGUUAUGCGACAAAUUAUGCUUGUCGCCAAACGACUAAACAUGACCGGCAACGACUAUGUCUUCCUGUUUCAAGAUCCCAUAGAAGUGCCGCAAGGUAGACAACUCUACUGGGAACUGAAUGAUAGCUCCGAUGCGACAGCAUACGAAGCGUUCCAGUCCAUCAUUAUGAUCCAGCUGCCGACUCCCGAUUGGAGUCCACUGGGGCAGUUUGUCAUCGAUGUGGCCGGUCAAGUGCGAUCCAAGUACAACUACACGUACAACGUCGAUGAACUGAGAAAUGAUGUUUCUUUAGCGGCGUACGAAGCGGUCGCGGUAUCUUUUCGGAUUUUAAAUGAAACCUGGCCCUUUCUUGAUACAAUGGGCGGCAGGCGUUUUACAUCGUACUACGCCAACCACACCUUCGACAUGGGUUUCCGGUCGGUUGUUAUCGGUGCCAAUGGGAUCCGCAAACGCGACACGUGGUUUAAGAAACUCGAUCCGGUAACCAAAGAGUUCGAGAUGGCUUGGUACUACACAUGGGACAACAACACCAUCAGUGCGUUGUCGCCGUUGGCCGACGACUGGAGAGGACUGAACGGGCCACCGCCCGAUAAACCCAAAUGCGGCUUUCUGAAUGACCGUUGCCCGGUCGCGAAAUCCGAUGCUUACGCGAUCGCGCUGGGCACCGCCUUGGGGCUGGUGAUGGUCGCCGGAAUCAUUUCGACAUGGAUGUACCUGCGGCACGUGCAUAACAAGGUCACCUAUUCCUCAUGGUGGCACCUGGACUCAGUGUUUUUCUACGUCCUGAAUGUGGCUGACAGGAAGCCGUGGGGUUCCACGAAUUCGGAUAAAAUUACAGAUAUCCCCGUCCAUUUAACGGAUCCCGAGCAUUCGGCCACUGUCGCGGCCAUGUACCAAGAAGAACGAGUGUGGCUGCAGAUUGCUCGCACUGCGAACACUGUGACCUUACCACAGCUGAUGGCCAACCGGAAGUUACUCCGCACCUUAGCUGAAGUCAAAACACUACAGUAUGAUCACGUUUCGAGAUUUAUGGGCAUUCUGCUGUUCGAGAAGGAGCUAGCGCUGGUAUGGGAGUAUGGGCGGGGAUCUAUGCGGCAUCUGCUGGAUGAGAACCGGAUCAUAAUGGAUGAACAGAUGAAGCUGUCGUUCAUCUAUGAACUGCUCAAGGGUUUAGCGUACAUUCAUACGUCGCGACUUCGCUUCCACGGAAGCUUAUCCAGUCUCACUGUUCUGCUGGAUUCGCGGUACUCCAUUCGUUUAGCCGGAGUGGCGUCCAGACGCCUGGAUACCGCUCUAGCCAACGUCAUGGUCGAGAAAUUCAAUGGAGAAGUGACCAAGUUGUGGAUGGCACCGGAACAACUGGAACCGAACACCAAGUUCCCUGACGGCAGUCGCACCGCCGAUAUCUUUUCAUUGGCUAUUGUGAUGUGCGAAAUAUGGACGGGUGCCGGUCCGCGGAAUUACAAUUCCACUGUCGUCAAGCCUUCGGUUUCAGAUCUACCGUUCAACACUGCGAGCGGCGACUACCCUCCCGAACUGCGCGCCCUGAUUGACUCCUGUUUUGCCGUGGAUCCGCACAAGCGACCUGACAUUGGGCAGGUACGAAUGCGACUGAAGAAAUUUGACCGGGGCUCCAGCGUCAUGGAUGGCAUUCUCAAGAGCCUUGAUAAAUACUCCGCCGAUCUGGAGGACAAGAUAGCCGUACGAACCGGUGACCUUUUGACGGAAAUGGCUAAAGUGGACAGUCUGCUGAAAGAAAUGAUUCCGGGUAUUUUUGUGGGGAAACUUCGAAACAAAGAGAUCGUGGCGGCCGAGGAGUUCGCCGCUGUCACCAUCUUCUUCAGCGACUUGGUGGGCUUUGACCAGUUUUGUCAGGUGUCCACAUCGCCAGCCGUUGUGGAAUUGUUGAAUGAUGUGUACCGCGUGUUCGACCGGAUUGUGCAGCGGUACGAUGUGUAUAAAGUGGAGACCAUCAAGGACUCCUACAUGAUUGCAAGUGGCCUUCCGCUUCGUAAUGGCGACCGGCACGUCGUAGAGAUUGCCGACACCGCCAUCGAUAUUAUGCACCAGAAUGAAAGCCUGUUCAUGACGCAACGACGAACCGAGAUGAGUAUCCGUAUAGGGAUGCACACCGGGCCGUGUGCGGCGGGGAUCGUUGGGUUACGUAUGCCGCGUUAUUGCCUAUUUGGAGAUACGAUUAAUACGGCGAGCCGAAUGGAGAGCCACGGAGAAGCAUCCAGAAUUCAUGUUAGCUCCAGUUCCGGGCCGCUUCUUGCCGGGGUGCCGCGGUACAAUUUGGAGCCUCGCGGUCCCAUAACUAUUAAGGGUAAAGGUGAAAUGUUGACCUAUUGGUUGACCGGCGAGCCCAGUCCGGACGUCAAAAUGGCGCUAAGAACUUCCGUGUCGAAGGAGCCGGUUGCCAAGAAGCUGUCUGUAAAACUGUCCAGUUCUUAGCCAUCGGUUUUGGUACACACCCGAAUUCCGUUGAAAUUUCAGCCGGAAGUUAUUGAUUAACUUUCUGCUAUAGAUUGUGCUGUCAAAAUUCAGAAUCAAAUGCUUUCGAGUGGCGCAAACCGCACACGCACCAAUGUUUGAUGGAAAACUCCACAAACCGAACGAAAUAUUGUGAUGAGCCGCUAAAAACCUAAUACUUCUUUGUUAUACGUAUGUAACUGGCAAUAAUUGGCAUUUAGCCUCAAUGAUUAAUUUGGGUCUUUGGUCUGUAGUGUUUCGUAGCACGAUCGAUCGUAAAUAAAUUUUCAUUGUUCUUGAAGGUGACACAACGAAUUCUUAGCGUAC